CUCGCCAACCUCACCUACGGCAACUUCCUAGGCUCCUACUCCCCAGAAUACAACAUCACCUACUGGCAAAAAAUCCCCUACGCCGCUCCACCCGUCGGUCCCCUACGUUUCCGCGCUCCACAACCUCCUCUCCCCGAAAAUUCCAAUGGCAGUACCACAAUAUACAACAGCACCCAACCCUACGACCUCUGUCCACAACGCACCGUAAACGGCAGCGAAGACUGUCUCUAUUUAGGUCUCUAUUCCCGUCCCUGGACACCUUCUUCUUGCUCAUCCUCCUCAACACCCCUACGCCCCGUAGUCGUAACCUUCCACGGCGGAGCUUUUAUUCAAGGUGGAGGAAGUUUUACUUUACCGCCUUCUGCAUUUCCCAUUCUCAACGUCAGUUCUUCUUCUUCUUCGGAGGAGGAGGGUGCUGUUGGUGGAAAGGAAUAUUCACCAGACAUCAUCUUCAUCUAUCCCAUCUAUCGUCUCAACGCCUUUGGUUUUCUCCCCGGAAAAGAAAUCUCUGAAGAUCCUGAAUCGGAUUUAAAUGUGGGAUUACUGGAUCAACGGGCCGUGUUGCAGUGGGUGAGAGAUUACAUCGAAGUAUUUGGAGGGGAUAAAGAGCAAGUGACGGUAUGGGGCCAGAGUGCAGGUGGAGGAAGUGUGAUUGCGCAAGUUUUGGGAAAUGGGGCUUCGACGAGAAGAGAAAAAUUAUUCCAAAGAGCAUUAGCAGGAAGUCCCUUUUGGCCCAAAACUUAUCACUACGAUGCUCCCGAAGCACAAGAAUUAUAUGAUCGAUUUGCCGAAUUGGCGGGUUGUGGUAAAAAUGGUAAUGCUUCCACAACUACAACUACGACUACAAGUCUACAAUGUCUCAAACAAGCCCCCGUCCAAACUCUCCGCGAAGCAAGUCUAGCAGUGAGUGCCAGUCACACAUACAACACAUCCUCCUACAGCUGGGCCCCCGUCAUCGACAAAAAAUUCCUCCUGCAACCUCUCAGCAGCGCAUCCUCAUCCUCAUCCUCUCCAAACCUCCAACUCAACAUAAAUUCCGCCUGGAGCAUGUACAACCUCCACGAAGGCGAAAACUUCCUCCCCCAAGGCCUUUCCAAUUCCACAGGCGAUUCUUAUGGUUUCAACUCCUCUCUAGCAUCCUUCAACCAAUGGCUCCAAGGAUACUUGCCCGGUUUGACGGAAAUUGAACGGACCAAAGUGAAAGAGGAAUUGUAUCCGGAAGUGGGUAUGGCGGAGGAGUUGGUGGGAGGUUAUAAUACGUCGUAUACGCGAGCGGGGCUGAUUUAUCGGGAUACGGUGUUGACGUGUCCGGGGUUGUGGAUGGUGGAGGCGAGUGGUGGUGGAGGGGGAGGGGGAGGGGGACAGGGGGCGUAUUUGGGGGAAUAUACGAUUGAUCCGGCGAAGCAUGGGAGUGAUACGGGUUAUUGGAAUAGAGUCAACGAUCUCCAACAGACGGAUAGAUUAAUUUACGAGGGCUACGCAGGCGCUUUCGCUUCGUUUUUCCAGACUGGUGAUCCCAAUGCAUACAAAUUGACGGGUGAAGACCAAGCUGGUGUGCCCGAUCUGCGGGAGACGGGGAUGCAAUUUGUGAUUCGGAACUCGAGUUUGGUGACGGGCGGGACGGACCUGUUACGAUCCAGAUGUGACUUCUGGCGGAGCGUUGGGGAAAGGAUUCCGAUAUAA